UUUACAUUUGUCUCAUACCUCAUACCUUCACAUUUGUCUCAUACUUUAUCCUGUAAUAAUCGCACCAACAACCAUACAUGCGUCUUAUAACUUUUUAUACAUUGGAUGCUCUUAGUAGUAUAUUUUAAAGAUAAGAAAGUGAGGGAUGCGGAACUAUUUUGAUCUUUUUUUAUUCGUUUCUAUAUAGCUCCAUAUAUUGGGCGACCGUCAACAAGCCAUUAGGAUUCCCUGUAUGGAGGAAGGUUGUUGCCUGACAAAUGAUUUUAAGUGAGGCGGGGGAAUCUAUGUCCCAGCAGCUCUGAUUUCUUUUCUUCACAAAAGGAGAUAAGUCAGGCUAUUUCAGCAACACUUUUCUGUUAGAAGCAGCUCGAAUUUCAGAAUAAUAAGAACAAACACCAGCCAUGCCAGGCAGCCCAGCUAGUACGCAAUCACCUACACAAGGUAGGGCACAAGUUGUGAGCAAAGAUGAUCCACUUGAUGCCACUGCAAUGGAAUCGCCAAAAUUACGAAGCAAGCAAGCACCUCUAGGAAGAUCAGGCUCUCAGCGUCGUAGUGGUACACCAGACUCUUCUCGACACGAGUUGGAAAGGACAAAUUUUCAUCUAUCCGAACAGGUCAAGGAUUUGAAAUAUCAGCUAUCCAGCAAGAGUAAUGAGAUCACCAAACUACAGGACAAUUUGGCAGCACGGACAUCAGAACAUGAUGAUAAGAUGAAGAAGAUGAGAGAGAUCUUCGCGCAGGCCACCAAGAACCUCGACGGAUACCGAGCAUCGAUUGCAGCCAAAGAUUUGGAGUUGCAGCGCUUACGGGACGAUUUGGAUCAAUGCCAGGCUCGUGAACAGGAACUGCGUUCUAAUGCCGAAACACAGACACGCGACACGGAAAAGCUCAACUCGGAAGUCAAUAGUCAAAAGGCCUUGUAUAUCUCUCAAAUCAAGCAGUUGGAAGGCAAAGUCCGGCAGUUAUCGACGCAGCUACAACAAACACGUACCGAUUAUGACCAAUACAAGAAACGAGCGAGCCAGCUAUUGCAGAAAAGCAACAAUGCUCAGACAGAAUCGGCGCGUUUGUCCGAGCUAGAGGAUACCAUACGACAGCUUCGAGUUGAAAAAACCGAGUUGGAAACCGAAAAGGCGGAUGAUGCACGAAAAACCGAGUUAGUAGAACACGAUAUCCGACAAGCAUUGGAGCGUGUACAACAUCUCGAAGCGGAUAAUGAGGCUUUGGUGAAAGUCAAGGAAGACAUUGGUGCCAAGCAGGCCCAGAUCCAUCGAUUGCAAGAACGUAUGUCAGCAGACAGAGUGGCGCAUGAACAGGCCAUGAAGACAGCAGAAGAAGCACACGAAGCCGCACUACGUCGAUUAAAAGAGUCGCUCGAACGUGCAAAAGAAAGCAAAGACAGCGACGGAAGCAAAUUGGCAGAGGAAGACAAGAGCAACGAGGAAAGAGAAGCAAUGGAUCGGAUCAUGGAGCUGCUGCAUGAUGAAAACUCGCAAUUGCGGCAGCAGCUUGCAGCAAAAGAACAAGAGCUUGCAGAACUAACGCAGUCUUCGUCACCAUCACAAACAAAAGAUGAAUCACCUUCAACGUCAUCCCCUCGUCCUAUCCCACAAGAAAAGACACGACCAGCAAGGGCGUCGGAAGAUGCAUCUGUGGCGAUUGACGUUUAUGCAUCCAUGAGUCAUUUGCUUUCUCCGUUUGUUGGCGGUGGCGGCAAUACUGGAUCGUCGGAUAAUAGGGUCGAUUUAGAAAGACAGGUGCAGCAGCUCAGAGAGAUGUUGGAUGAAAGUGAGGACCGGGUUACGGCAUUACGGACCCAAGAACAGGUGCUCAAGGAAGAAAUUAGGAAACUCGAUUCAUUCGAUCGCCGGCAAAACCUGAGCAUCGAAUACUUGAAGAACGUGCUCUUGAAGUUCCUUCAAUCUGAAAACAAAGAGUUUAUGGUACCAGUACUAGCAAAGCUCUUGUCUCUUUCUGCUGAUGAAACGGAUGAGCUUCGAAAGUCGCUGACGACAUGAUAAGCUGACGUUGUGUAACACUAGCUAAUGACAUAAAUAAUAAAUGCAUGUCCCCCCCCCUCUUCUUCCGCUUUUCCGA